UUUGACAAGCGGCAGGGGCUAACCAACAACAAAUAAAAAAUUUUCUCUGCCAAACCACACGUCCCAUAGUGCAAACACGCCUUCAGUUUUAAAUGGUCGUCUAAUUUUUUUUAGGAUAUCAUCAACUCUUCUUUCCGGUCGACGGUGGACUUAACUCGCCAGUUGUGUUGGUUAAGGAGGCAAGUAGUGUGAGCUUGGCGGCGCGACGACGAUGGAGAUAAUUCCUAUUCCGACGGAAACGUACAAGCUGGGAUUUAUUGGAGCAGGGAAAAUGGCUGAGAGUAUAGCGAAAGGGGUGGUUCAAGCUGGGGUGUUGCCUCCUUCCCGCAUUCGAACAGCUCAUUCCAAUCCAAAUCGAUGUUCUGCCUUUGAGUCUUUCGGUGUCAAAAUCCUCCCUCAUAAUCAAGCUGUAGUUGAGGACAGUGAUGUUGUCAUAUUCUCUGUAAAACCUCAAGUUGUUAAAGAUGUGGUUUUGCAAUUAAGGCCAGUUCUUACAAAGAAAAAGCUUCUGGUUUCAGUUGCUGCUGGAAUAAAAUUGAAAGACUUGCAGGAAUGGGCCGGUCACAGCAGAUUUAUUAGAGUGAUGCCAAAUACUCCUGCUGCCAUAGGCGAGGCAGCAUCAGUAAUGAGCCUGGGUGGAGCUGCAACUGAAGAGGACGGAGAAUUAAUUGCUAAAUUAUUUGGAUCGGUUGGUAAAAUAUGGAGAGCUGAUGAUAAAUUGUUUGAUGCAAUCACUGGCCUAAGUGGGAGCGGCCCAGCCUAUGUAUAUUUAGCAAUUGAAGCAUUGGCUGAUGGAGGAGUUGCUGCAGGUCUACCUCGAGAUCUUGCCCUCGGUCUAGCUUCCCAAACUGUUUUAGGAGCAGCAACCAUGGCUACCAAAACUGGGAAGCAUCCAGGUCAGCUUAAAGAUGAUGUUACAUCACCUGGAGGGACAACCAUUGCUGGUAUUCACGAGUUAGAGAAAGGCGGAUUCCGUGGUGUAUUAAUGAAUGCUGUUGUUGCAGCUGCUAAGCGCGGCCGGGAACUUUCUCAGAGCUAAAAAUUCUUCAAUUCCUUGUGGGCAGCGGCUAUGGUAAUAAAGAGUUCUUUUUAUUUUUCAUUUAUUCCCUCUUUCUUAGUUGAGAUGAGCUCUUGCUUGGACCUCUUUUUUCCUUGUGAAUUUGUGGCCAAGAUAAAUUAUAUAGAGGACUAGGACUUUCCAAUACGAUAUAUUUUUUUUUCUUGUUCGUAGAUUACUUCUCUAAUUUGAUGGAACUGUUUUUUCACAUGUUUAAGCUAUGGUGGCAAGAAUUUCUUCCA